GUCUGAUCGGUCUCAGGGCAGCCACGGCUACUCUUUCUCCAGCCGAAACUAUCUUGACCUGUGUUGUUCAAUUCUUAACCUGACCGUUUGAUUCUAAACACGGAAACACGUGGGAGCUCUCCAGUGCUGCUGCGUCUCAAUCGACCGAGGCAGGUUUGCUCCAAUGCUUGCCGACUGGGCCACGUCAAACGGCUUUCAGGGAAUAAUCAUCAACAAAAAAACAAGAUAAGAUCCAGGUUUUCACGAAUUUAUGGAAUUGGUUUAUAAACGAUCGGAUUAGGUUGAGUGUUAAAUCAUUCGGAAAUACCAGCCACCAAUUCGAUUUUAUGCAUAGCCGGCUUCCUACAUAGUCUACACAAGACUCCGGUCCAGGUAACGGCCUCUAUCUGCCCGCCAUGUUGGAAGGCGUGGUUGCAAACCUGCUCAACAGGUUCCUGGGCAUGUACGUCAAAAACUUCGACGCGAAACAACUCAAUAUAGGCAUUUGGUCAGGUGAUGUCAAACUUCAUAACCUCGAAUUGCGUCGGGAGGCCCUCGACCAACUUCGUCUACCACUCAAUGUUGUUGAAGGCCACCUAGGGCAAUUGACUCUAUCGAUCCCAUGGUCAAAUUUGCGAGGAAAGCCUGUGAAGGUGGAUAUUGAGGAUGUAUUCCUUUUAGCCGCACCGCGGGAAGACACCGGAUACAAUGUAGAGGAAGAAGAAAACAGGGCUCACGCGAUCAAGAUGGAUAAAUUGGAAAGUGCUGAACUCCUUCGUGAUCGUAACACGGAAGGCAUGACGCAAGAAGAACAAAGACGCAAUCAAAGCUUUACGGAAAGUUUCAUGACUGCUAUUGUCGACAAUCUCCAGAUUUCCAUUAAGAAUGUCCAUGUGCGAUACGAGGAUUCUAUCGCUUCUCCUGGCCACCCUUUCGCUGUUGGUAUCACACUCAAGGAAUUAAGUGCAGUAAGUACUGAUUCAGAAUGGCGACCGACUUUUAUCCAAUCUACAUCUGGAACAACCCACAAACUAGCCGUUUUAGGGGCUCUCGCCGUUUAUUGGAAUACUGAUACUGAGUUGUUGGGAACUGGUAGCGGCGCGGAUUUUGGUGCAGAAGCUCAAGGGAUAGAUCAUGACGAGCUUAUGUCAAGGCUGAAGCAAGGAAUUGAUCUUGACGAGAAGAACCAGUACAUUCUUCGCCCCGUGAGUGGACGUGCCGGCCUUGAGAUGGAUAAAACCGGAAAGCUCGACCGGCCUAGGAUGAAAGCACGACUUUUAUUCAACGAAUUAGGCUUUGUCUUGGAUAGUGACCAAUACCGAGAUACGCUGAUGCUUGUGGAUUUGUUUCACUAUUUCGUGCGCCACCAAGAAUACAAGAAGCUUCAGCCUUCCAAAACACCGAAAGAAGACCCGCGGGCCUGGUUUCAGUUUGCCGGAAAUGCAGUGUUAUCGAAAAUUCAUGAAAGGAACCGACGGUGGACAUGGGAAUAUAUUAAAGAAAGAAGAGAUGACCGAUUGUCGAAAUAUACUUAUGAAGAUCUUCGGUUCUGGCGAUCUUUGGCACGCAACCAAUUACGAAAAGAGAAUGUGGGAAUUAAGAAGCCGCAACGAACGCAAACAUGGGGCGAAUGGAUGUGGGGUACGAAGCAACAGGAUGAAGCGGAAACAAUGACAGAAGAGCAACGGCAAGAGCUAUACAGCGCCAUUGAUUGGGACGAGAAAAAGGCGUUGGCUGAAAGUGUUGAUCUUCCUCGAGAAUCGGUCAAGUUACAAGUCAACUCUAGUCUUCGAGCCGGCAGCUUAACAUUGAAGCGUGAUCCACAUGGAGAAGCGUGCGAGGUGAUGAAACUUGUUUUUGACAACUUCAGAGCAAAAGCCUUACAGCGACCCGAUUCUUUCUUCAUUGGCCUGGACCUUGGUGGCUUGAGGGUAUACGAUGGAACAACAGAAGGUAGUAUUUUUCCACAGAUUGUGCGCGUCAAAGAUGCCAGCGACCACGAAAGUGAUGCAGUUUCCAUUCGAUCACAGCAUCUGGGCUCGGAAGAGGAAAGCGAUGAAUCAGAACAAGAGGACAGUUUGUUCCACCUUCAACUUGAACAGAAUCCUCUUGAAAGCGAUGCCGACACAGCCGUCAAGGUGAGACUUAAGAGUAUCGAGGUGAUUUACAAUCCAAAAUUCGUCGUUGAGGUUGUACACUUCUUCAAGCCACCCGCACGGCACAUGGAAUCGAUUGGAGCACUUCUAGACUCUGCUGGAGCUACUGUUCAAGAGAUUAGACAGCAGACCAGAGCUGGAUUAGAGUAUGCUCUCCAGGAACACAAAAAGGUCAACGCUCAGUUUGACCUUCAAGCACCGCUUAUUAUAGUCCCCGAAAGUAUCACGAAAGCAAGUGCUUUGUGCCUCAUUUUAGAUGCUGGUCACAUCAGCGUCAACAGUGAACUAGUCAACCGAGAAACUAUGAUGGAACUGCAAUCAAAACAGAAGCGACAAUAUGAUGAAGAAGAUUACCGGCAACUUGAGGAUCUUCUUUAUGACAAGUUUCUGAUCAAACUUGAUUCAACCCAAGUGCUCAUAGGUCCCGGUAUUGAGGCUACAAGAUCACAACUUAGUACUGAUGACCCUGCGAAAGAUCUACACAUUAUAGAUCGAAUCAAUGUCGAUUUUGUCCUCGAGUUUUGCAUUGUUCCUAAGUCUACCGACUUAACGAGGACUCGAGUUUCAGGUCACCUGCCAGAGUUGCAUGCUUCAAUGUCUGACAAAAAAUAUAGGAAUUUGAUGAAACUUAUUGAUAUAGCCAUACCACGAUUUGAAGAGGCAAUUGAACAGCCGUCUGCAAAGCGAUUGACUGCUGCUGAAGAAACCCCUGCUGAUAAUGCUACAACCAGAGCAAGAUCGGCUUCAUUUCAACCAUCAACUGCUAGAGAAAUUCCUCUUCUCGACGAAGAAUCUGAUGUCGAGGAAUCGGUCAAAAGUGCAGUCACAAAAAAGAAUGAGCAGCCUGUAGCUUUACACCAACGUGAUUUUGAAUUUAAAUUCACCGUUGGAACAUUGCGCGGUUCUCUAUUCAGAUCAGAUCCGAAAGAAGAAAGGCCGGAUCAACUGCUUGUGGAAUUAAUCGCUCAAGGCUUUCAAUUAGAUUAUUACCUAAGACCGUUCGACAUGGUCGCUGAAGUGACGCUGAAGUCACUCAGUGUGGACGAUUAUAUCGAGGAAAACCCAGCCCCUGAAUUCAAGCAGAUCAUCUCUUCGAAAGGCUUCAAUGCCGAGGAAGAUAAAGACUUGUUCAAUCUCAAAUUCGUUCGCGUUAAACCCGAGUCUCCCGAAUUCAAAUCGACCUACGAGGAAGUUAACAUGAACCUUGACAUCGCAGUCUCAACUAUAAAUGUCAUUGUUACAAGAAAGACUCUCUUGACACUCCUAGACUUUGUGUUGAUUACAUUCACCAAUCCAGAUCAACCAAAAGAAGGACGAAAGGCAGACAGCGCUGUUAAAGAUCUAGAUUUGGAACGGCAGAAACCACAAGAAGCUGGGAAAAUUCGUAUCAAGUCGAAUCUGAAGAGUAUUGCAUUAAUUCUUAACAAUGAUGGUGUAAGACUUGCAACCUUGAGUCUAAAUACCGCAGACGUUGGUAUUUUCUUGGUUGGCAAGGCCAUACAAAUACAAUCACGGAUUGGAAGCUUGACAUUAAUUGAUGAUGUGAAUGUCGGCGCGUCUGCAGAUUCAUCUCUCCGAAGAUUGUUGACCAUCGAAGGAGAAGACUUUGCUGAUUUUAGAUACCAGACUUUUGAUCCCGAGUCGUCAUCAUACCCUGGCUAUGACUCGGAAGUUUUCUUAAGAUCUGGGUCCAUCAAGAUUCAAUUUUUGGAAGAGCCGUACCGGAAAAUUGUCAAUUUCUUGGUGAAAUUCGGAAAAAUGCAGGCUAUCUUCAAUGCAGCCCGACAAGCAGCAGCUAGCCAAGCAACCCAACUUCAGGAAAAUGCUUCGCGUAUGAGACUCGAUAUUGUUGUCCGGACCCCUAUAGUCGUCUUUCCCAAACCUUUGGUCGAUGAAAGGCCACGAGAUCUUAUCACUGCAGAACUGGGAGAAAUUUAUGCUAGCAAUACCUUUGUUCCUCUUGAUGACCGAAAAGACAGUCCAGCGGUUAAUGUGAUCACCACUGGAAUUCGAAACAUCCGUCUUAUCUCUGACUUUUACUUCGAAGACGGGUCUCAUGAACAACUAGAGAUGAUACAAAAAGUGAACCUUGAUUUUAGCAUAUGCUAUCUUGAACAUCAAGAAGACCAACCUCGUCCGGAUAUAGAAGUCGAAGGUACAAUGUCUCCGAUCAAACUUCGUACAUCGCAAGCACAACUCAAGUUUUUGCUGGAAAUCUCCAAAACGGUUCCUAGAGUUUUCACACCCGACGGUGAUCAGCAAGAAUUAGAGGCAAUGAAAUCUCUACCUGCGGUCGGUGUAGAGCCUGUGGACCAGACAUAUGCCAUCCAGAGCGCAAUGAAACAAACGAACCAAAAACCUGAAAUAGGCCAGGACAAAGAGACAUGGGUUAAACUCGACAUGAUUUUCAAAGUCGAUAGUGUUGGCCUGGAACUCAUUUCGGCCAAGGAGGACAAACCCGUUGGUCAAGUCGACGAGGCCAGUUUAUCUAAAUUUUCUUUGAAUGAUACCAGGAUUAAACUGCGCAUGCUGAGCGAUGGGGCUUUAGAGUCGGAGCUAUUGAUCCAUUCAUUUUCGAUCAGGGACAGUCGCUUACAGGAGACCAAUAAGUUCAGGAAAAUCAUGUCCCUCAUCAAUACCAAUGUUCAGCAACAAUUCAUGGCCAGUGUUUCGAUGUCACCGGGGCCUAAUAGACACUUAAUUGCCAUGCUUACCAUUGACAGUCCUCGCAUAAUUCUUGCUCUCGACUACUUAAUUGCCUUGCAGUCAUUUGCAAGCGAGGUAUUUGCGCAGAGAUUGUCAUCGAAUGUGGAAGAGGAUGUUGAAACACCCGAAGCGCCGGAAGAGCCAGAAGCUGCUUUUAGUGCUGCUGCUAGUAGUUAUAACGUGCCUCCUACCAGGCAAACUGACGAGAAAAGCGAGAUGACAGUUUCAUUCAGAGCAGACAUUAUCGAUGCACAAGUCAUCAUGAUUGCUAAUCCUACAAUUUCAAACACUGAAGCAAUCGUUCUCGGAACAAAACAAGUACUUUUCUCGCACCAGAAUGUUUCCACGCUUCAGAUCAAUAAAGUUGGCAUGUUUCUUUGCCGGAUGGAUAAGUUUGAAACUAGCAGACUGCGGAUUCUUGACGAUUUCACACUGGAGCUGUCUGUAGAUAGCCGUCCCCAAGACAAAGGGUCAGCCCUGACAAGCAUCGAUGUUCAUGUGGAGCCCCUUGUCUUGCGCUUGUCACUGCGAGAUAUUCUUCUCGCCACACAGAUCAUGAACAAGGUGUCCGAAAUGCGAACAGGCCUACCGGAACCCGAUACCUCUGACGAACCCAAAAAACUCAAGGAAGUUAAGGGCGAAAGCACAAAAUCGUCUAAAAGACGAUCUUCCAGUGGACGGUUGUCUGGUCCAGCUGCCGCAGGGUCUCAAGCAGUCGGUAAUUUAAUUCCAGAACAGAGACUAAACCCGAACCAACCCGCAGUGAUUAAAAAGGAGGAACUCGGUGCUCAGAUUGAUGGCAUUAGAGUUAUUUUGAUUGGCGAUUUACACGAACUUCCUUUACUUGACUGGAGCGUUAAGAAGUUUAAUGUGGACGUCAGAGACUGGUCUUCUACCUUGAAUGCGGACACUACAUUUGAUACCUUUGUCAACGUUUAUAACUUUUCGAAGUCGGCCUGGGAGCCCCUUGUUGAGCCAUGGCAACUAGGAUUUCAUAUGGCGAAGGAAUUGAACCCAGAUGUUUUGUCUAUCGAGGCAUAUUCGCACAAAAACAUGGAGUUGACAGUUACUUCUGCUACAAUCGCUCUCGCUUCGAAAUCAUUUCAAUUCUUGAAAACGGAUGAGGAUGUGCUAUCUAAACCUAGAGGUGCUGAUGCUCCGUAUAGGAUCCGUAACUAUACUGGGUUUGACCUUAGGGUGUGGGCAGACGUUGGAGCAGAAGAGACUGGACCGGCUGCUAAGCUUAGUGACGGAGAAGAAUACCCUUGGCGCUUUGAAGAUCCAACCACCAUGCGUGAGAAUCUUACUCCUGAGGGAAAUGCGGGCUUAGUGGGCGUCAAGCUCGACGGCAGUGGCUUCGACAGCAUUAAUCAUAUACCAGUGAUUAGGGAGGGUGAGACGCUGUACAACCUCAAGCCGAAGAAAGACAAAGUGCUACAUAAGCUUCUUGUCGAUGUCAAGUUAGGCACAGACAAUGUUAAAUACAUUACAUUCCGCUCACCUUUGCUGUUGGAAAAUAACACGCAGAUACCUGUUGAAAUGGGUGUCUUCAGCCCCGACGAUGGCCAUCUACUUAAGAUUGAAAAGAUUCUGCCGGGUGACUCUCGUCCUGCUCCAGUUGGCUCAGCAUUUUUGCAUCAACUCGUCGUGCGCCCCGACCAAGGAUUUGGCUAUGAUUGGUCUAAUGAACAGCUAUAUUGGAAGGAUCUUCUACGCAGGCCGACAAGGACAAUUACGUGUAAGGGCGAGAGUGGGCAGCAGUCUCCUCCAUUCUACUUUCAAUUAAACGCCUCCUUUGACAAGCGAGAUCCUCUGCUCAACAACUACCCGCAUAUGAAACUCCGCAUUUCAGCGCCUGUUGAAAUUCAGAACCUGUUGCCUUAUGAUUUUAAAUAUCGAAUAUAUGACAAGAAUACUCGCAAAGACUGGACCAAUUUCUUGCGAAAAGGUGGAGUUAGUCCGGUACAUGUCGUGGAGCUUUCUCACCUGCUUCUACUCAGUAUCGAUAUGCAAGACUCGGUUUUCAGGCAAAGUGAGUUUGCCAUUAUCAAUGGCAAUGUCCAGGACUUCAGGCGAGAAGAUGUACUUGCAUUGAAAGACGAGCACGGUGCAGAACUGAGAUUGAAACUACACUACUUCAAUGUCCCCGACAGUGGCGGUGCUUUUAAAGUUAGUGUUUACAGUCCCUAUUUGAUUCUCAACAAGACAGGUCUCAGCAUGGAGAUUCAAAGCAAAGCCUUCAUGCAAUCUGCACGAUCAGCAGCUGGACAAGGAAUAAAUGCUGGUUCGAAUGCUGGCCACACGAAGCCUUAUAUGUAUUCAUAUCAUACAGAUGACCAGAAGAACCGGUCUAUCUUGCGGAUUGGCGAUUCUCACUGGAGUAAACCGCAAAGUUUUGACGCUAUCGGCAGUACUUUUGAGAUUGUCGUUCCCUCAAAAUCAACUAGGACUGAAUUCCACGCUGGCGUGUCAGUCGCCGAGGGAGAAGGCAAAUACAAACUGACGAGGGUUGUCACUAUUACACCUCGCUUCAUUCUCAACAAUAAGCUGAGCGAAGACUUGCAAGUAAGGGAGCCAGGGACCUCAAAUGUUUUGACAUUGAAGGGGGGGGAUCUUGUACCUCUUAACUUCCUUCGCCAGGUUCCAGAAAAGCAAUUGUGUUUAUGCUUCCCAGGUGUCAACAACCAAUGGUCGUCUCCUUUUAACAUCGCCGAUGUCGGAACAGUUCAUGUUAAACUAGCCAAGGCUUCUCAACGUCAAAGACUCAUCAAAGUGGAGGUGGUGAUGGAAAACGCAACUAUAUUUAUCCACUUUAGCAUGGAAACCAAGCAUUGGCCAUUCUCUAUGAGGAACGAGAGUGAUAUGGAGUUCAUCUUCUAUCAGUCAAAUCCUAAUGUUGACGAUGAAGAAUACGAUGAUACGAAUAGUGGAUGGCGUCCGAUUCGUUAUCGCCUGCCGCCUCGUAGUAUCAUGCCGUAUGCUUGGGAUUAUCCUGCUGCGAAGAGCAAGUCUCUGGUGUUAAACUGCAAUGGAAAAGAACGGCAUAUUAGAUUGGCCGAGAUAGGAAACCUGAUUCCGAUGAGAGUCCCAAUGCAUCCCAACUCAAGUGGUCAAAAAAUAGUUGAUCUCAAUAUCGUCGCCGAGGGUCCCACUCAGACACUUGUUCUUUCUAACUUUAAGCCAUCGAAGAGUAUGUAUAGACAACAGAAAGGGCAAACAUCCCAAACUAGCGUUGCAACUGGUUUCGAAGUCAAAGAAGAAAACUCCGAUGUUACCUUCAAAGCGCAACUCCGUCUCGGUGGUGUAGGUAUAUCGUUGAUCAACCAGACCAUGAAGGAACUGCUCUAUUGCACAUUCCGUGAAAUAGAGAUCAAGCUGCGCGAAUCUGAAGUGUAUCAGACACUAGAUACUACCAUAAAAUGGGUUCAAAUCGAUAAUCAGCUUUACGGAGGUAUUUUCCCUAUUCUUCUCUAUCCUAGUGUUGUGCCAAAGACUGGAAAGGAAAUGGAGGCGCAUCCCAUAUUUCACGCUAUGAUUACGAAGGUUAAAGAUGACUCAUAUGGUGUUCUCUACAUCAAGUAUGCUACUCUGCUCUUACAACAGAUGACUUUGGAACUCGACGAGGAUUUUGUCUUUGCCAUGCUUGACUUUGCUAAAGUUCCAGGCGCAUCGUGGUCGAUUGAACAAGAAGGCAAGCUCUGCGAUGAGGACUUAGACAUCCCUGAGCCAAGAUAUUAUGAGGCAAAGCAAGAUGUUUACUUCGAACUGCUGCACUUGCAACCCAUGCAGGUAGAUAUCUCUUUCAUGCGGACAGAACGCGUAAAUGUCGAAGACAAAUUACAGCCAUCCAACCCGUUCAUGUUCUUUGUCAACGUUAUGACGAUGUCCAUCGGAAACGUCAAUGAUGCCCCGGUUCGACUGAAUGCCCUCAUAUUGGAAAAUGCUAAGGUCUCGGUUCCACUACUCAUAACGAAUGUCAGGAAACACUAUACCCAAGAGUUCCUCCGUCAGAUACAUAUUGUCCUUGGAUCUGCGGACUUCCUAGGAAAUCCAGUCGGUCUAUUCAACACUGUCAGUUCUGGCGUGGCGGAUAUUUUCUACGAACCGUAUCAAGGAUUGGUUACAGAUCGGCCUCAAGACUUGGGCUAUGGUAUCGCCAAGGGUGCUGGUAGCUUUUUCAAGAAAUCUGUAUUCGGCUUUUCGGAUAGUAUGGCCAAGAUCACUGGAAGUAUGUCUAAGGGCCUUGCAGCUGCUACUCUUGAUAAGGAAUUCCAAGACCAAAGACGGAUGUCCAAAGCACGCAAUCGACCUAAACACGCACUGUAUGGCGUAACUUCUGGCGGUAAUGCAUUCGCUCAGAGCUUGGCGAGUGGCAUUGGUGGUCUUGCACGUCAUCCGCUGCAGGGUGCAGAGAAGGGAGGCUUCCAAGGCUUUAUGAAAGGCGUUGGAGUUGGAGUUCUUGGGGUUGUAACAAAGCCAGCCAUUGGAGCGUUUGACCUUGCAUCCAAUCUCGCCGAGGGAGUGCGAAAUACCACAACUGUUUUUGACGCCGAAGGUCUGGACCGCGUUCGCCUUACCCGAUUUAUUGGCAUGGAUGGCAUUGUACGUCCUUACUCACAACGUGAAGCGCUUGGACAAUUCUGGCUCAAGACGACGGAUGACGGCAAAUUCUUUAAAGAGGAUUACAUCGCACACCUUGAGCUUCCUGGACGGGACAUGAUAGUUUUGUUAACCUACGACCGUAUUAUGCUUGUGCGAUCCAAUAAGCUUCAGUCUGAAUGGGAAAUUACGCUUACGGACAUCCAAACAAUCUCGAAGGAACGAACCGGCAUGAGCAUUACACUCAAGGGCGGUGCCAAUGGACCAUUUAUUCCAGUUCAAGAUGAGAGCGCACGAAAUUGGUUGUAUAAGCAAAUUGCUAUAGGUAAAUGGAUAGCCAAUGGUCCCUUCAUCUUUUAUCGUUCUAAUUUUCUGACUUUUUACUAGCGGUGAACGCCUUCAACGAGAAAUACAAUGCUAAGGGCUGAUUCUUAAACCAGUUUUGAGGUUUAUUGUUAGAUGGGUUAGAGACUCAUUCUGCUUUUUUUGCGUUGUUUUACCCACUUAGAAUUGGCUAUAAUAUUGUGUAAAUAAUACGAAGUCUCCUGAGGAAGGAUACUAAGCGCGUUCUUAUGCUGAGUAGUUUUCCAUUUUAAUGAUUGUAUAUGGCCAAUGAUUCUUACAUAAGACUUACAUAGACUGACUAUUUACGCAUGCCACAAAUCCGGUUGACAUUGG